AAAUACAAGGAGUACUAUAUAAGAAGUAAAACCUCACAUGCAUGGUACCCAUCUCUCGAUGACACAAGUUGAUAAUAGAUGGAAAUCCCAAAUUACAUCACUAUAUAUUAUAAGCAGAAUAAACACAAAUGUGGCAUAUAUAAUUGCCUGAGAUCUAAGCCAGAAAUUUAAACCAAAGUUAAUUAGCCAUGGAAAGAAAGAUAGAGAUAGUUUCUAUGGAGUUAAUUAGACCUCUUUCUCCCACUCCCAAUCACCUUAGAUGCUUCGAAUUCUCUUAUUUAGAUCAGAUGGCACCACCUACAUCUGUUCCCUUAGCUCUAUUUUAUCCUCCUCCUCCCCUGUAUGUUGGCGACGAAGCAAGGGCAGCUAAUUUAUCAAGAUUACUUGUAUUGAAGAAAUCUUUGUCUGAAACUCUUGCUCGCUUUUACCCUUUUGCUGGUCGAAUCAAGAACAACUCAAUUGAAUGCAACGACGAUGGGGUGCCUUUUUACGAGGCUUUUGCUCAUAAUUAUCAGUUGGAAGACGUUCUUAGACAACCCGAUGUGGAUAUACAUUUCCUUCCUACUGUUAAAGACAACUCAUUAUUGUCCUAUAGUACAGUUCCAUUACUCGUUCAAGUCACCAUUUUUGAAUGUGGGAGCAUGGCUAUUAGUACGCGUGUUUCUCACAAGAUUGUUGAUCGUGCCUCCUCGUGCACCCUGAUCGAUGCUUGGGCAAUCACUACUCGAGUUGGCACCAAAUGUGCAGUUCCAGAAUUUGUUGCUGCUGCAAAAUUCUUGCCACCCCCUAAUCCUCAAGUUUUGCCUACAUUGCUUGAAUCACAAAAAGUCUCAUGUGAUAAUAACCAACAUAUUAGUAAAAUCUUUUUCUUUGAUGCUUCUACUAUUGCAUCGCUCAAGGCUAAAGCCAUCAGCAAUGUAGUGCCGGUGCCCACACGCGUUGAAGUUGUUUCAGCUGUGAUAUGGAAAUGUGUCAUGGCUGCUACUUCAUCAGGGCCGAUUGGGAGAAGGUCGUCAUACUUGAUUCAAAAUGUAAACAUGAGAAAGCGGUUCGUCCCUCCAAUGCCAAAACAUUGUGUAGGAAAUGUCGUUGCAGUCAGCGUAGCCUGUAAAGGUGAGAAUGACUGUUGUGACUUGCCUACCUUGGUCUCUUGUAUAAGAAAAGGUUUAUUAGAAUUCAUUCCCAAAUAUAAGGAUAAACAAGAACGAGAUGAGGCGAUUUUUGCCAUUCCCUACGACAGCAUGGAGCUCACGAGAGCAUUUAGGCGUCGAGAGGUAGAUAUAUAUCUUAAUAGCUGGUGUGGCUACCAAUUUUAUGAUAUUGAUUUUGGUUGGGGAAAACCUUCGUGGGUUAGUCCAAUUGAACGUCACAAAAAUGUUAUUUUCUUGAUGGAUUCAAAAGAUGGUGGUGGAAUAGACGCAUGGGUACGUUUGAAGGACACAGAAACGGAAGUUUUUGAGCAUGAGCUUAAGUUGCUAGCAUUUGAAUUUGACAAAAAUUGAAGAGCUUUUCAGCAAGUUUACUGUUUACAUCAACUUCAGUUGUUAUCUCUUCUGUGUUGUCUGUGACGAAUAAAGCAAGAUGAAUAUGAACGAUUCAUGUAAUAGAUUCGGAAUGGUCGCGACUCGCGACGUUCUUUUUAUUGUACCAUAGUGGAAUAAAGCUUAUC